GAGGAGGAGGAGGAGGGGACAACACUCGCAACAUCCUGCUAAAGACAGUCCUGACGGCUUUCGGUGGCUUUUUCUUAUCAGAAGCGUUGCCGCUCCGGCAUAAUAAGCAAAGAGACUUUUACUAUGGUGGUAGUAUACGUGCCGCUCGUAAAGAAAUCUCCACCCACAUUUCACAAGGAUUUGGAACAGGGGGAGAACAAAAUCGAACAAUGACAGGGGGAGCAUUGUGCUCGUGCUGGUGGCACUAGGGCAGAUUUGGGAAAAGCCAAGCUUGUUAGAUCGUCAGGAUUUAUAGAUUUUGCAAGCAUCAGCGCCGCGCACACACGGGUGGCUGUUUGAGCAACGCUUAAGUGAUGGUUUAUUUUUCAGGUCCAGGGCACAAUAGAAAUGAGCUCUUCAAUCUCAGGAUGGCUCUUGCUGAAUAAGCUAUUCUUUCUCAACUGUAACUCAUAAGAACUGACUGGACAUGAGUAAUUGAUGGCCACAAAAAACAGCAUGCCAAACAUCGAAAUGGUGGUUGCAGUUUGAAAUUGAGCCAGCCUCGGCAGCAGCUUAUUGGAUUCUUCUUGAACUUGCUGCUUUGAGGCCAGAAGAAACAAGGACAAGAUUGUACCAUGAAAUCCAUUAUUAAACAAUGGAAGAAGUUGGUGCUUAUUUUAAUAUUUGCUUGGACUCUGUUCUUUUUGGCCAUUUUUUCUUAUUUUGUGGACAUCCCUGUGAAGGGACAGUCUCUCUCAAGUUCUGUUGUUUUUUCAGAGAAUAGAAGGCAGACUCCACUUCAGGGCAACCACCGGUUUAUCAUGGGAGCUGAACAAGAUCCAUUGCUCCCAGAUGGCAACACCAAUGAUCUGUUUAACAAUCAUGUGUUAAAUGGACACAAAAAAGUUUCCACAAGUCAAUCUUCAUACAGUAUUAAGAAGAAACAUAUAUUUAAUUCACAGGAAUGGCCGCCUCCUAAAACUAGCAAUUUAAAAAAUGUUUCACAGAAUGAUGACACUAAGUUAGCUGCCGGUCAGCAACGUUUUGAGCCUGAAACUUUGAAACAUGUAGAUAAAGCAAUCAGACGAGUAAAUAAUAUCAAGAGAAAUCCACAGAGGCUUAGACGGGCUUAUCGUGCUGGAAGCAGAUAUAAGUGGCCUAAUUUUAAUAUUGAUGAUGACUUGGAGAAAUACUACUUCUCAAAGACAAAAUCUGUCAUAUUUAAACUGUGGAAUGGAAAUGCCUCUUCCAAAAUGCUGAAUCCGCGAUUACAGAAGGCAAAGAAAGAUUAUUUAAAUGCCAACAAACACCAGGUCAACUUUAGGAUCCCUAAAGAGGCAAAGAAGCUUACAUCUAAAGAACUUUUGUGUGACCUCAAGAACCAAGUAAAGAUAAGAACUUUGGAUGGAAAGGAGUCACCAUUUUCAAAUAUGGGCUGGGAAACAAUAGUUCCCAGAACUGUGAUUCACGACCUGUAUCCACAUGGCUUUAAAACCUGUGCCGUAGUUACAUCAGCUGGUGCAAUUCUCAAUUCCUCUUUGGGGAAAGAGAUUGAUUCUCAUGAAGCAGUUUUACGAUUUAAUGCCGCACCAACAAAAGCCUAUGAGAGAGAUGUGGGAAGCAAGACGACCAUUCGAAUUAUUAAUUCUCAGAUACUUGCCAAGCCACAUUACAAAUUUAAUACCAGUGAAAUCUACAGAAAUGUUACUUUGGUUGCCUGGGAUCCAGCACCUUAUACUGUAAAUCUUCAUAAGUGGUACAAGAACCCAGACUACAACCUUUUUAUACCCUAUGUGGAAUUCAGAAAGAAGCAUCCACUUCAGCCCUUUUACAUAAUCCACCCUAAAUUCAUCUGGCAGCUCUGGGAUGUCAUUCAGAAAAACACACAAGAGAGAAUACAGCCGAACCCCCCUUCUUCAGGCUUUAUCGGAAUCCUCGUCAUGAUGAGUUUGUGCCAAGAGGUUAACGUGUAUGAGUACAUCCCAUCAGUCCGCCAGACAGACCUUUGCCACUACCAUGAGAAGUACUACGACGCUGCUUGUACUCUUGGAGCAUAUCAUCCUCUGCUUUAUGAGAAACUGUUAAUUCAGAGGAUGAACAAAGGGACAGAUUCUGAUUUACAAAGAAGAGGAAAAGUCACAUUGCCUGGUUUCAGUGCCAUAAAUUGUAACACAUAACUUGAGUAUUGAAAUCAUAAAAAAGAGAGAAAUAGUGCAAUAAUCUGACAACUGCUAGUUAAAAUGUAACUAUACUUGAAGCAGCUUUGGACUGGAUAGUUUGUACUUUUCCCUGUUAUCACUGGUGUUGACAUUCUGUUUUUUGCUGUUUUUUCUAUAUAUAUAUAAAGUGAAUAUUCUCGUCAGCAGAAUGUAAUGCCAAGCCCACUAUUCUUUCUCUUUAAACUAAACUGCUGUAGGAGACGGGUCAAAGUUAGCACUCCACUUGAGCACAGUGAGCAGAACAAAACCCUGCGUCACAUUUCUUUAAGCAGAUCAAGAAAAAAGACAGCAGGCGUGACAGAAAUGUCUUUAAAUGAAAAUCUGUAUUGAAAAGACUUUUACUUGAUGUUGAGAAUGGAUUGGUUUAGCCUUUUUUAUUGAGUUAUUCUUAUGGGAAGCUAAUCGUUUUUCCAGACUUUUAAAUACAUUUUUUUCUUUUUAUAUUUUUCAUUCAUGCAUUUAAUUCAAACAGUACAUGAAAGACAUUUUUAAGAACUUCAGUUUUUGCAGCAAAAAAUCUGCAGCCAUGUCUGUGUAUUUAAAACUUUCUAAGGCAAUUGAUUCGUCUGCUCAGCUGUAUAAAUCAAUGGAUUUUUGUCAAUGUCUUAACGCUUAUGCUGUAUGUGGAUGUUUUAAUGGCUCAGUCACUGACAGUGCAUGGACUGCUUGGGUGGGUAUUUUGAAUGUAUUAUUACUAAUUUGAAAUGUACGUGUGUUUUUAUUUUUUUUUCAUCUUAAUAGGACUCUUUCCUGUAAUCUGAAAGCACUUGACAUUGUUUGGUAAAGAGAGGUUAGAGUUUAAUCUUUAAAUGUUAAAACUGCGUUAAAAAUGCAGAAUAGGAAAAAGGGGAAAAUGAUAACAUAUAUUAUUAUCCACAAAUUUGACUCAUUUUUAGUAGUUUCCUGUUUUAAUGUUAACUUCUUUCACGGUUUUUUCUUACCUUCAUGAUUUUGUACAUUUUGUAUUAAAUAUUCUUUGUAGAAACCAAGAAUUUUGUACAAACUUUGCAAUUAUUGCUGAUUUCUUUAACUGUAAAUAAAUUGUAAAUAUAAUAAUUAUA